AUGUUUUGUCUCUUCAAAUGCAUCAGGAGUCGCCCUUUCUCAAUAGUAUGUCGAAGUGGGCGAACCUGCAAUGAGGUGGAGAAGAGAAAGGCAAACAUCAAAUUGUCGAAAUGGUCCAUGGGAACUAACAGCUUUUACAUACAUCUACACCAACCCAUCGUCUACACGCCUUAUAAAAUACAGCAUAUCCGCUAUAAUAUAUUCUUUCGUUUUGAUCUCGUGGUUAGUGCAAGAACGAAAAAUUUCGCUGAUACAUACAUGGAGAUUUACAAGGCAAAAUUUAUGAAUAAAAAUACGAAAACACACUCGAUAAAUUCAAAUUUUCGCUGCUACGACGCAAAAAUCUUGAUUUGCCAUAUCAUCAUCUUUUCACCAGGGCUCGGCACGAGUUUGCUUGUUAUUCAUGUAUAUAUUACUCACCUGAUCAUACUGACGAUGAGAGCAGAGGUGAUGCCGGCAUUUCUGAUGCUAUUCACCUCAGCAUUUAGUCUCGAAUGCUACUACUAUCGAGUACGAGCUGACGAGCCGUUGACACCGGACAAGAUGAUGAAACGAAACUGCUCAAGUGUUGCAACGUCGUGCCUGAAAAUCAUAUCUAGAAAUGAAUUCGAAGGGCAAAGCGGGCAGAAUGGAAAUGCACCUUCGACGAUAGAAGGACGUUGUGCAUUUACACGACACGAGUGUGAAGGAAAAAACGGGCAGUGCAUCUCCGAGCCACCGAUGGUACGAUUUGGCAUCACAAUACAUGAGCACAAAUGCUGCUCCAGUGAGAACCUCUCAAAUAGUGCAAGAAAGUCUACUUCGAUUUCUUUGAUGUUUCUCUGGUUGUUUUAUAUCUUAUUUAUCAGUAAAGCUAGCAUACAUUAUAUAUGAGCCUAGAUGUUCUGAUAAAUGUAUUGACUGUAUAUCGCUUCCUCACACGCAAAUAGUCUUAAAUCUAC